AUUUACCCCGCCCCUUCGCUCCGGGAUUCCUGGGUUGUUGACAUUACUGGGUCAGGAACAGUAAGGACCUGACGGACUCUUUCUGAACACGUAGCUACUACCUAUUCAACUCAUUUUACAAUUAGAGGUCUUCUGUUUUUAGCGCACAAGGAAACUCGACUGCAGCACGACUUUGGAUUUGGAAAAGUAAGCCCCAAAGCAAAGACAACCCGCCAUCACCACCAGAAGACGGAAGGAAAAGUGAGGCUCCCACUUCCUGAGGUGUUAGUGACUGAUCUUCUGACACCAUGGACAUGGACUCCCAAUCACAAGGCCAGCAGGCAGCUGUACCUAUAUUCCAGCCACAGAAGCCGCUCCAGCCGGACAUGGGCCACAACUCUCUGGCUAACUUCCUGAUUGAGAAGAAGAUUGGGCGGGGCCAGUUCAGUGAGGUGUACCGGGCCAGGUACCUGAUGGACAACACCUCCAUGGCCCUUAAGAAGGUUCAGAUAUUCGACUUGAUGGAUGCCAAAGCUCGGCAAGAUUGCAUCAAAGAAAUAGAUCUCCUAAAGCAACUGAACCACCCCAACGUGAUCAAGUACCAUGCAUCAUUUAUUGAGGAGAACGAGCUGAACAUUGUGUUGGAGCUGGCUGAUGCUGGGGACCUCUCCCGGAUGAUCAAGCACUUUAAGAAGCAGCGGAGGUUGAUUCCAGAGAGGACCGUGUGGAAGUACUUUGUCCAGCUGUGCAGUGCACUGGAACACAUGCACUCUCGACGGGUCAUGCACAGAGAUAUCAAGCCAGCUAAUGUGUUCAUAACUGCCACAGGAGUGGUGAAGCUGGGAGAUCUGGGACUGGGAAGAUUCUUCAGCUCCAAAACCACCGCUGCCCAUUCUCUAGUGGGCACCCCCUACUACAUGUCUCCAGAAAGAAUACAUGAAAACGGAUACAACUUCAAAUCUGACAUCUGGUCGCUAGGCUGCCUGCUCUACGAGAUGGCAGCUCUCCAGAGCCCGUUCUACGGUGAUAAGAUGAACCUGUACUCUCUUUGUAAGAAGAUAGAGCAGUGUGACUACCCUCCACUUCCAUCCGACCACUACUCUGAAGAGCUGAGAAAGGUGGUAGAUAUGUGUAUUAACCCCGACCCAGAGAAGAGGGCUGACAUCAUAUACGUGUAUGAUAUUGCCAAACACAUGCAACGCCAGACGCAGCUGGGCAGCUAAGUCUUCACCGGAGACACACUACGACCUGCACUCCUCUCCUCCUCUCCUCUCCUCUCUUGCCUCACCUCCACAGAAGGACAGGCAGACAUCGAUGUUGUCUUUCACACAAUCAUGUAUUCAGAAGUUCAGUUGUUCCGAGGUCUCUUUAUUGUUAAGGUUGUUUUUGUUUAGGAGAAGGGAGUGCUGUCUGUAUGUCCCAGAUAUGUCCUGUAUCUAUUCCCAUUGAGCUUAAAGAUGGCUGCAGCUAAGAAUGUUCUGAUGGUGCCCCCUGCCCUGCCCUGCCUGGCCCUGCCUUAGACCGCUGCAUCACUCGGGAAGCCCGGUCCUGACGUAGUUAAAGCCUGUAUCACAGAGGAAUCUGCAAUAUGAAUGUUUAGUGUUGUACUGUUAGUUAUUUUAGUAACAGAACAUCCUGUUAGAUGUAGUUUAUCUGGAGAGCUGUAGUAUCGAGAUCCAAUCAAAAAUACAGACGGAAAGAAGAAGAAGAAAUCUAGUGUUUAGAUGGUUAAAUGUUGCUGUGUUGCACUUUGUACCCCGGUACUGACAGGGUGGUGAGGUAAUGUGGUGAUGAAUAUGUCUAGGAGGGGGGUGUCUUUUACCCCAAAGAGCAAAGAGAGAACUAGUGAAGAGGUAGGUAGAGGUAGAGAGAUGCUGCAAGGUUAUACAUGUAUGUACUUGGUUGAAUGUAAUAAUGAUGUUAUAAUUUCAAAUAUUAAAGCUUUAUUUCCAUUUUUUAAAUGUAUUAUCAUUUUAUUUUGUUAAUUUAGCAGACACUCUUAUCCAGAGUAAUUUUCAGGUGCAAUUAGGGUUAAAGUGCUUUGCUCAAGGGCACAUAGACAGAUGUCGGUUCGGGGACUGGCUCAACUCUCUUAACCGCUAGGCUACCUGGUGCCCCUUUCUCUGGUUAGGGCCGUCCAUGACGAGAAACCAAAUGCUACCUGAAGUACCUGGUGAUAGUUAUUAGUUCUAACUAACACUUUGAACCACCAACCCAAAGAUCAGUCCUCUAUUUUAUAUUUAUAUUUUAGUUAUAAAAACUCUUCAACUUGGGACAGCUAGCUAGUAGUCACCUAUUUUGUUUUGAUUUUUUUAUUGGUGUGUUUUAUUUUUUUCGGGUGGUAGUCGGGUGGAGGAGAGAUGUCUAUGUUUAACAGUGAUUGUGUUUACACAUCAAAUCACCUUAGUGGUGUUGUGAUUGGGGAAAUGAACAACAGUGAUAGAAUGCAGGAGAUACAGGAUAUUACACGACUUGCUGAUCAUCUCAUUUGUUUGACUCACUAUUGUCCCACCAACUGAUUGGCUGGUAUAUUCCAGUUCUAUUGUCCCACCAACUGAUUGGCUGGUAUAUUCCAGUUCUAUUGUCCCACCAACUGAUUGGCUGGUAUAUUCCAGUUCUAUUGUCCCACCAACUGAUUGGCUGGUAUAUUCCAGUUCUAUUGUCCCACCAACUGAUUGGCUGGUAUUUUCCAGUUCUAUUGUCCCACCAACUGAUUGGCUGGUAUAUUCCAGUUCUAUUGUCCCACCAACUGAUUGGCUGGUAUAUUCCAGUUCUAUUGUCCCACCAACUGAUUGGCUGGUAUAUUCCAGUUCUAUUGUCCCACCAACUGAUUGGCUGGUAUAUUCCAGUUCUAUUGUCCCACCAACUGAUUGGCUGGUAUAUUCCAGUUCUAUUGUCCCACCAACUGAUUGGCUGGUAUUUUCCAGUUCUAUUGUCCCACCAACUGAUUGGCUGGUAUAUUCCAGUUCUAUUGUCCCACCAACUGAUUGGCUGGUAUAUUCCAGUUCUAUUGUCCCACCAACUGAUUGGCUGGUAUAUUCCAGUUCUAUUGUCCCACCAACUGAUUGGCUGGUAUAUUCCAUGUCAAUAUUCAAUUUUUGUCUUUUACACACCAAAUCCUCUACAGUAGAAUAUUCUGUACACACCAUUCUAACACCCCCAAUGCCUUCCUUUCUCAGCUCUUCUCCCUGUGUCUGUAACUGAUGGAAAACCAGUUCAACGGUGAGGAAGCAUUGUUAGUUGAAAUAAAUUCCUUAUCAAUAAUGACCUUCUAUCAGAACAACACAUGCCUUAUCAAUAAUGACCUAUCAGAACAACACAUGCCUUAUCAAUAAUGACCUUCUAUCAGAACAACACAUGCCUUAUCAAUAAUGACCUAUCAGAACAACACAUGCCUUAUCAAUAAUGACCUAUCAGAACAACACAUGCCUUAUCGAUAAUCACCUGCUAUUAGAACAACACAUGCCUUAUCAAUAAUGACCUUCUAUCAGAACAACACAUGCCUUAUCAAUAAUGACCUGCUAUUAGAACAACACAUGCCUUAUCAGUAAUGACCUGCUAUCAGAACAACCCAUGCCUUAUCAAUAAUGACCUGCUAUCAGAACAACACAUGCCUUAUCAAUAAUGACCUGCUAUCAGAACAACACAUGUGUCACGCCCUGGUCAAAGUAUAUUGUGUUUGUCUUUAUUUAUUUGGUCAGGCUGGGGUGUGACAUGGGUUUAUUGUGGUGUGUUUUGUCUUGGGGUUUUGUUAGGUAUUGGGUGUGUGGCUUAGUGGGGGUAUCUAGCAAAGUCUAUGGCUGUCUGGAGUGGUUCUCAAUCAGAGGCAGGUGUUUAUCGUUGUCUCUGAUUGGGAACCAUAUUUAGGCAGCCAUAUUCUUUGAGUGUUUUGUGGGUGAUUGUUCCUGUCUUUGUGUUUGCACCAGAUAGGGCUGUUUCGGUUUUCACAUUUCAUUAUUUUGUAGUUUCUUCAUGUAUAGUUUUUUCCUUCAUUAAAAUAUCAUGAAUCAUCA